AUGGCCCUGUCUCGGCUGAAGAUGCCACACAAUGCCAUAUGGACUCAGUACGAGUUGAAAGAAGCCAACAAGCAAAUUGAGAGUCUUCAAUGGGAAUUGAAAGAAUCCAUGGCAAUUCGCGAAGAUUAUCGAAAGAGCUUGUCUUCGGAGAGUGAAAGAUGGAAGAACCUCGUGGACCAUGUUGGUGCAUACAGAGAGGACAGUAUGAUUAAUAGAAGGAAUCAACUUUGUGCCGAGGAGAAACUUCGACGUCAAACUGAGAUGCUCGAGGAAUGCCAAGGCAAGUUAGAUAUUUCGCUACAGAUGAACAAUGCUCUUGUUGUUAAGCAAGCAGAGCUUCAAAAUGGACGAAUCAUCUGGACGACGAUGAAGCAAGAUACACCAUGA